AUUAUGGGGAUGAAUUGAGUGAUAUGAAGGGUCAAGAUGGCUCCCGGGGAAAAAGAUGAGCUCAUCCCCACUAGUUGUUGACUAGAAGUACCUCCUGCUCUUUCUAUCUCAAUAUUUUAUGUGGCUAACAACUUUCUCUCUCAAUAACAAGCAAAGAAGCUUCAAAAUAUCCACGAAACAGACAAGAAGCAUUAUAGGAACACUUAAGCCUCACGCAAGCUGCUUCACUGUACUUCAAACUAAUUUGCUGCAAAGACAGCCCAGCCGGCAAGCAAGCCAGGCAGGUUACUAUGUCUCCCAAGACUUCCCUCCAAUCUAUGCAACACAGCAAGUCUUAGAGGCAAUUCACACAUGGACACAUCUGCCAUGGUGGGCUACAAUUAUAGGGGUCACUGUUGUAUUAAGGACUUGUAUCACGCUACCUCUGGCCAUCCGCCAGAACAAGCUGGUGGCUAAGAUAGAGCUGCUGCAACCAACACUUCAGAUGAUGACGGAAGCUUUGAAGCACAGAGAGGCAGUGGAGUGUAAGAGGGCAGGAAAGACUGUGGAGGAGUUUGAAAAAAGGUUUAAGAAAAAGCAACGGCGUAUGAUGUAUGAACUGUACCAGGGUGAAGGAUGCAACCCGAUAAAAAUGUUCUUGUUGCCAUGGAUACAGCUCCCGUUAUGGAUACUGAUCUCCCUUUCAUUAAGAAGUAUGACAGGGACAAGCUAUUCCCAGAGAAAUUCAGGGGAUCUACCAGUUCUAUGCCCUGAGAUGGCGUCAGAGGGUGCUCUAUGGUUUCCCGACCUGCUUGUACCUGACCCUACCAUAAUGAUCCCACUAGCAGUGGGGAUCUGUAACCUCACCAACAUCGAGAUGCAUGCCCUCCGUCGCCAGCAGCCUUCGAGGUUCCAGAGAGUGAUGACCAACACGCUACGACUGCUUUCCGUCUUCAUGGUCAUGUUCGCUUCACAAGUUCCAACGGCGAUGUCCUUAUAUUGGGCAGUGUCGGCUGGUUUUGGUGUCUGUCAGAAUGUCUGUCUCAAGCUUCCUACUGUUCGCCGUCAACUAGGGAUUCCCAAGACCCCCAGCGAAAGCAAAACCCCAUUUAGAGAUCUUCGGAACAUAGCUCAGGCUAAAAUGGAUACUUUCCUUCAAAAACAAAGACAAGACCCCUGGAGAAAGGGAAAAUGAAAUUCCUUAUGAGGGAGACAUAUAGUAAUAAGAUACCUGGGAAAGGGUAAAAUGAAAUUCCUUACAAGAAAGACAUAGAAAGACACUGCAGUCUGGAACGGUUUUAUAUACUAUAAGUGGGCCACUGUGGCCAUGAAAGUUUGUUUCUAACUAAUAUAAAAUUAACACAAAA